AGACAAGUCUCAAAGAUCAAUGACUAUCUUCAACCUGAACAUUUUCAAGCCAAUUUAUGCACUUCAAAAAAACAGAUUCCAAAACACUGUUUUGCUUUAUUUACAAGUACUGCUGCUAAUGCUAAUCAGCAUAGUUUUAUAACCAAGAUGCGGCCUUGCAGUCAGAUUGUGAUUAGGCGAUCAGGAAACUACAAACCCCCAAUUUUGUUCGUGCAUGAUCUAGGGAGAGAGAUACGCUACACGGUCUUCUGAGCUGAAAAUGCAAGUGAAGAUGAUGCUUGAUAAAACAGUAGAGCCACUGGAUCAGUUGGAAUUGAUUGACAAUUUGCAAAGGCUGGGGAUAUCCUACCAUUUUGAGAAUGAAAUUAAGCAAAUCUUGUCAGUCAUUAACAAAAAAUAUAGCAAAAAUGAUCAACAGUCAAAGAUUGAGGAUUUAUAUGCUACGGCUUUGGAAUUCAGACUACUAAGACAACAUGGCUUUAAAGUUUCUGAAGAGAUAUUUGAUCGUUUCAAGAAUGAGAAGGGUGAGUUCAAGUCGAGGCUUUGGGAUGAUACAGAGGGAUUGUUACAACUAUAUGAAACUUCAUUCCUUUCAAUGGAAGCUGAAAGUACCCUAGAAAUGGCUACAGAAUUCUCUAUGAAAAACCUUAAUGAUCAAACUAGUAUUGAUCAGUGCCAUUCUCGAUUGGUGCACCAUGGCUUGGAGCUUCCAUUGCACUGGACCAUACUGCGGGCAGAGGCUAGAUGGUUCAUAAACAUAUACAAGGACAGGCCAGACAUGAAUCAGAUUCUGCUUGAGCUUGCUAAAUUGGAUUUCAACAUUGUUCAAGCAAAAUAUGUCUCUAGGUGGCGGAAGGGAACUUGCCUUGCCGAAAAGUUGUCAUUUGCGAGGGAUAGGCUGGUGGAAUGUUUCUUUUGGACUACUGGGGUGAUAUUUGAACCUCAAUAUGAAUUUUGUAGGAAGAUAUUGCCGAAGGUCAAUGCUUUAGUAACAACCAUUGAUGAUAUAUAUGACGUCUAUGGUACAUUAGAAGAGCUUGAAGUUUUUACAAGAAUCAUUGAAAGAUGGGAUGUCAGUUCAAUCCAUCAACUUCCAGAUUACAUGCAAAUUUGCUAUUUAGCACUCAAUAACUUCAUCAACGAAAUGGCUUACGACAUUCUUAAAGAAAAAGGGCUUAUAAUUAUUCCAUAUUUAAGAAAAGCGUGGAAAGAUUUAUGCAAAGCAUACUUACAAGAAGCAAGGUGGUACUUCAAUGGAUACAAACCAACAAUGGAAGAGUAUAUGAACACUGCAUGGAUUUCCAUAUCAACUCAUGUCAUACUAUCCCAUGCGUUUUUCGCUGUUACCAGUCCUAUAGAAAAGGAAGCUGUUCAGUACUUACUUGAUUAUCCUAAUAUAAUCCGUUGGUCGGCAACGAUUUUACGUCUUUCAGAUGAUUUAGCAACAUCAAUGGACGAAAUGAAAAGAGGUGAUGUUCCUAAAACAAUACAAUGUUACAUGAACGAAACUGGGGCUUCUGAAGAUGAGUGAAUCUUGCGAGAAUGGCACAAUACAUGUACCAGUAUGGGGAUGGAUGAUGCAGGAGGAUCCGAGUCGAGUGAUGUUGAUU